AUGGCGCACCUCUCUGCCAGACUCCUGCUGCUGGGGCUUCUCCUGUGGGCCAGCUGGGUUUGCUCUGCCGCACCCCAGGACGGGUGCACUUUCCUGGGGGAAGAAGAGACGAGCAGCUUCUAUCAAGAGGGAGACGUGGUUCUUGGGGGCUUGUUCCCGCUCCACUAUAGUCCUGUGUCCUCUGUGACAUCAUUUCAAAGGGAACCGCAACAAACUACAUAUGAUUUCAGUGCCAGGGCCCUGCGUUGGAUGGAGACCAUGAUGUUUGCAGUGAAAGAGAUCAACCAACGAAGGGACCUGCUCCCACACCUGACACUGGGGUUCCAUAUCCGCGACAGCUGUGACCAUGUGCCUGUGUCCCUGAGAGGCUCCCUGCUGCUGGUCAACGGGCAGCCAGAAUGGGGGGCAGACUACAGGGGAGCAGGUCAGGGUCCAGGUUUGGACUGCACCGCUGUACGCAGGGCUGUAUCCCCUGUUAUCAUAGGAGAUGCCGCCUCUGGGGUGUCUAUGGCUGUGCUCAGAACUCUGGGCUCCUUUCAAAUACCACUGGUGAGCUACUUUGCGUCCUGCAGCUGCCUGAGUGACCAGAAGCAGUUCCCUACGUUCAUGCGCACCAUGCCCAGUGAUGCCUUUCAGAUAAGAGCCCUGGUUCGCCUGGUACGCUACUUCCACUGGACCUGGGUGGGCGUCAUCGGGGUGGAGUCUGACUAUGCACGUUUUGCCAUCCAGUUGUUUCUACAGGAGUCCGUUCACUUUGGGAUGUGUGCUGCCUACGUCCACUUCUACCCAGUGGUCCUUACCCAGCAUGCUGUGGGACAGCUAGUGGACACUAUCCAGGGGUCAUCCUCCCGAGUCCUCCUGAAUUUCUCCGGCGAGUCGGAGCUUCGGAGUAUCCUCAGGGAGUGUCUCCAUCGGAAUGUCACCGGGCUGCAAUUGAUCGCCAGCGAGGCCUGGGCCACCUCCAAGUCCCUGUGGAGAGAGUUUGGAGAUCUCCUGACAGGAACGCUGGGAUUUGGAAUACGGAAGGCUGAUGUUAUUCCCGGGCUCAAAGACUUCCUGACCAGACUAGGACCAUCCCACGGACGUCAGUCGGCUUUCCUGGCAGAGUUCUGGGAAGAGACAUUCAACUGUAGAGUGAACGAUUCCUUAAACACACACACUCACUCUGUCAGUUACCUGGACAGAGAGCCCUGUAGUGGAAGAGAGGUUCUGGGGGAUGUGUACACACCCUUUGCCGAUGUGAGCCAGCUCAGAGUAUCCUAUAAUGUGUAUAAGGCUGUGUAUCUCAUCGCCCAUGCCCUGCAGGAUAUGACCAACUGUGUGGCUGGGCAGGGGCCUUUUAUCAAUGGCACCUGUGGGGACCCAAAGCAUGUUAAGCCAUGGCAGCUACUACAUUACAUGAAGCAGGUGAAGUUUUCCACACUCGGGGAGGAGGUCAGCUUUGACCACAAUGGUGACCCCAUCGCUUCCUAUGACCUCAUGAACUGGCAGAGGGGGCAGGAUGGCUCCCUGCGAUUAGUUAAAGUGGGGUUCUAUGACGCCUCAUUGGCCGAUGGCCGAGACCUGGUCAUAAAUGAGUCAGUGAUUCAGUGGCCUGUGGGAAAGCAGGCAGCUCGAUCAGUGUGCAGUGAGAGCUGUCCCCCAGGCACCCGUGUAGCCAGGAAGAAGGGGGAGCCUGUCUGCUGCUUCGACUGCAUCCCCUGUGCUGAGGGGGAGGUCAGCAAUCAAACUGAUUCUUUAAACUGCAUACGCUGCUCUGACGUCACAUGGCCAAACGAGGCCAGAGACCACUGUGUUCCAAAGACCAUAGAGUUCCUGUCCUAUCAGGAGUCCAUGGGUGUCGUCCUGUGUGUGGUAUCCAUUCUUGGGGCCUGUGCCUCACUCUCUGUCUUGGCGGUGUUUGUUGCCAACCGACACACUCCCAUCGUCCGCGGCAACAACAUGGAGCUGAGCUUCCUUCUCCUCCUCUUCCUUUCCAUCUGCUUCCUGAUUGGACUGUUGUUCAUCGGGGAGCCCUCAGAUUGGCUGUGCCGGAUCCGGUACCCAGCGUUCGGGGUGAGCUUUGCCCUCUGCAUCUCCUGCCUCCUUGCCAAGACCAUGGUGGUCCUCAUGGCCUUCAGGGCCACCCUGCCAGGACGUGAUGUCAUGAGGUGGUUUGGCCCUGCCCAGCAGAGAGCCAGUGUUGUGUUGUGCACUGCCAUCCAGGGACUGAUCUGUCUCAUCUGGCUGCUGACCAGACCUCCCUACACCAACCUCAACACCGGCCACAUCAGCUCUGUCAUCAUCAUCGACUGUGCCAUGGGGUCAGAAGUUGCCUUCUGGUGCGUUCUGGGAUACAUCGGCCUCUUGGCCUGCAUGUGCUUCAUCCUGGCCUUUCUGGCCCGGAAACUGCCGGACAACUUCAACGAGGCCAAGUUCAUCACCUUCAGCAUGCUGAUCUUCUUUGCUGUAUGGAUAACCUUUAUCCCUGUGUAUGUGAGCACAGCAGGAAAGUACACAGUGGCCGUCCAUGUCUUUGCCAUUCUAGCCUCAGCCUUUGGCCUCCUGGUCUGCAUAUUUGCCCCUAAGUGCUACAUUGUAGUGCUCAGACCAGAGAAAAACAGCAGGAAACACAUGAUGCUCAAAGGAUAA